UACAUGCACUACGGUUACGACUCAACAGCCAUUCAUGUUGCUCAAUGCAGGUUGUAGCGGAAGACCUGUAUGGUUUUGCAACAUCCUGUGUUGUAAACGAACCCGGGCAAAGGAAGGUGAUACGGCGAAAGGAAUAUGGAGUGUAUUCCAGUGACUAUUGAUGAUCUUGAGGGCAAAAAUGACCCAGUCAUAGAGGUCUCUCUUAUUCCUUCAGACCCAGAGCACAAUGUGUACACCAGGUUUAUGAAGUCCCACCGGUGUUAUGACCUCGUACCUACCAGCUCCAAACUGGUUGUGUUUGAUACAUCACUUCAGGUCAAGAAGGCAUUUUUUGCUCUUGUUUCAAAUGGGGUAAGAGCGGCGCCCCUGUGGGACAGCAAGAAGCAGUGCUUUGUUGGCAUGUUGACCAUCACAGACUUUAUUAACAUCCUACAUCGCUACUACAAAUCUCCAUUGGUUCAGAUAUACGAGUUGGAAGAACACAAAAUUGAAACAUGGAGAGAGUUGUACCUCCAAGACUCUUUUAAGCCCUUGGUUAGCAUAUCUCCCAAUGCAAGUUUGUAUGAUGCAGUAUCAUCACUGCUGAAGAAUAAGAUCCACAGACUGCCUGUAAUCGACCCCCUGACCGGGAACACACUCUAUAUUCUCACACACAAGAGGAUUCUCAAGUUCCUGAAGCUUUUUAUAUCGGAGAUGCCAAAACCCUCAUUCUUGAGACAAACCUUAGAGGACCUGAACAUCGGAACAUUCCAGAACAUAGCAGUGGUCCGCACAGACACACCGCUGUACACGGCGCUGGGUAUUUUUGUUGAGCAGCGAGUGUCGGCGCUCCCCGUUGUGGAUGACAAAGGUCGAGUGGUGGAUAUCUACUCAAAAUUUGAUGUUAUAAACCUGGCAGCAGAGAAGACAUACAACAACCUGGAUGUGACCGUGACCAAAGCCUUGCAGCACCGCUCUCAGUACUUUGAAGGAGUGCUGACCUGCCACAGGCAUGAGACCCUGGAGGCCAUCAUCAACCGACUUGUGGAGGCCGAGGUGCACAGGCUGGUGGUGGUGGACGAGCAGGAUGUGGUGAAGGGAAUUGUCUCCCUUUCAGAUAUUCUCCAGGCACUAGUGCUGACUGAUGGAGAAGAGGGCACAGCUUGACGAAGUAACUCAAACAAGGAAAGGCUACACAGUUUUAAGAGGAGGUCAGAGCAAAGGGAGAAAGAAAAGGCAUGUGAGAGGGGAAUUUUUGACAUUAUAUUGAAGUAUCAUCACCUGUCUCCUGUAACCAGACCUUCUAUAUCCACACAUGGUGAUCUCUCCCUUGCUGCAGAAAUAUGAAGCUUUAGCAACGCAGCAAAAUAAAAUUGACUUACAGAAGCUCCUGUAAAUCGAGCCAAAUUCCAAGCCGAGAGAGAGCCAAGAGAGAUGUAAAAGCACAAGAGACCUAUAAGGAGGAGCUGUAGCCUCCCAGGAUGACAAGGCAUCAUUCCCACCUUAGUGCUUAUUAACUAUAUAGAGGAGGACCAUUAAUGCUUUGAUUAAAAAUGUUUUCCCAAUAGUAUAAAUGAUGUAAUCAGUUACAAGCUAAAGGAAAACUGUUAUACCCGUGUUGCCUUUUCUUGGCAGCAUUUCAUUUCUAUAAAAAGACUGAAAUCUAGAUGCACAUAAAACCUAUGUAAGGGUCAUUUUAAACAAUGUGUAACUUUCUGAGAUUAACAUUCAGUGUGUGUUUUUGUUCUGGCACGUUCCUGACAAUUGCUUAAGGCCUGUUCUUUGUACAUAUAAGUAUGGAUGGUUUUUUCUGGCUUAAAUUAUUUUGUUAUCCAGCUAACAAAUUUAGUUCUAAAUCAUUUUUUAACCUUGAUUAACUACCAAUUUGCAUAUUGAUGGUCAUAUGGUUACAGAAGUAUUUAUCUGUAUGUAUGUCUGGUACAUACUGUACAUACAUACCUAGCUACAUGCUACUUCUGUGUGAAUAUUGUAAAAAUUAUCUAGCUUAAUUUAUCAUUCAAACACUAUACCUUGGAGAUGGCCAGUAGUCUGCACUGGUCAGUUUUAUUUGAAAAUCUUGGUCAUGGUCUAACAAAAUUUUUAAUAAGCCAGGACUUUUGCAAGUUUCAACUUCAGACCUGUUGCUCCAAAAUGUACAUUUGUCAACAAUUAAAUAAAGUUACCACAGUUACCAUUGUGCAGAGAAUUCAGCAAACCUGAAAGAGCACUUUAGGCUCUUGAGACAACCUCAUUUGUGAAGUCCAGAACAGCAUUGAUGAAUCUGCUGUAAGAGACGACAAAUGGUGCUGUAUCAUGGAUAUUAUGGGUUUUAUGUUUUGUCUGUGUUGUCAUGUAUAAACACAAUGUUUAAUGGCUUGUACAUGUUACUUUAAAGACACCUUUUUUUCUGCCUGUUUUGUUACUCACACUUUGGGUUUUGGCAUUAGCGUUAAAGGGAAUUGCUUAUUGCUUCAAUGCUGCAAAAUCUCAUCAGUUUUUGGAAAAGUGGCCCAUUACUUGAAAACCAAUGGUUUUUGUGGCAUUGUUUGUUUUCGGAUUUCUAACUAGUGUUAUGUUGAUGUCAGUUACAGUCAGUGAUGACAUGCCUGAACAUCAAGUUUUAUGCAUUUAUACAACCUUUUUCUGUUCAUUGUGUUUAGGGGACUUUAUCAAAAUCACUCAAGACCAGCAUUUCCUUACCAUUUUCUUAGGAAAAUGUCAUACUUUCUGUUUUGGUAUACAUGAAAUUGAAUGCAUACAACUGUAUGUAAAUGGACAGUUUUUGUAGUAAUCUGCAUUGAGAUUAUGAUUGAAAGAAUGAGCAAUAAAGGUUCUUUGAGAGUUUG